GCAAGAGAGACUUUGACUGCUACUUCAUCUACUACGGGAGAAAAUCUUAAUUUACUUCACACAUUUGCACACGGAAAACCAGGAAGCAUGUGGAUUCAAGAGAAACGAAAUCUAUUUCCCUGCUACACAAGCCUCUGCUUAAGGAUCUACACUUAUUUUUUUGUUUAAAGCAGUAAGGAGGGAAUAUAGUUGACUUUUUAUUCUGUACAAACUGAACAGUUUCUAUUAGAGGUAACUAUCUGCAAAGAAAUGGCUGAAUCUGCAGCGAGUCAGUAUGAGGAUCAGUUCAGUUGUUCUAUCUGUUUGGAUCAGCUGAAGGAGCCGGUGACGAUUCCCUGUGGACACAGUUACUGUAUGAGCUGUAUUACUGACUGCUGGGAACAGAAGGAGCAGGAGCCGCCGUACCGCUGUCCCCAAUGCAGAGAGAGCUUCAGUCAGAGACCUCUACUGAAGAUGAACACUCUGAUAGCUGAGAUGAUGGAGACGCUGCAGAAGACGUCCCUACAAACGGCUGCUGUGGAGUGUGAUGUUUGCACUACAGAGAAAAACAGAGCUGUAAAGUCCUGUCUGCAGUGUUUGGCCUCCUUCUGUCAAACUCACCUGCAGCUUCACUAUCAAUCUCCUGCGUUUAUGAAGCACAAACUAGUUGAUGCCUCCAAAAACAUUCAGGAGAACAUCUGCCUCAGUCAUGGGAAACCGCUGGAGAUUUACUGUCAGGAUGAUGAUCAGUGCAUUUGUUGCAUGUGUACUGAUAAUCACAAAGGACACAGUAUGGUGUAUGUGGAUUCAGAAUGGACUAAUAAAAAGAAAGAGUUAGAGGAGAUAAAGGAGGCGUGUCACAAGCUGAUCCAGGAGCGAGAGAGAGGUCAGCAGGAACUCAGUCAAGCUGUGAAGCUUCUUAAAAAUUCAGCACAAAAGGCUGUGGAGAACAUUGAGAAUGUCUUCGCUGAGCUCAUCUGCUCUCUGGAGAAGAAACGCUCUGAGAUUAAAGAGCAGAUCAGAGCUCAAGAAAAGACUGAGAUAGAUCGAGCAGAGGAACUUCACAAACAUCUGGAUCAAGAGCUGACAGAACUCAGAAAAAGACAAACAGAGAUUGAGAAACUUCUGAUUAGUGAUGAUCAGAUUCAUUGUCUGAAGAGCUGUCAGUCUGUUUGUGUUUUACCCACAUUUGAAGAUGUUCCCAGCAUCACUCAACACAAUCAUCUGUCUUUUAAAACCAUUUCAAUCUCAACACUCAGAAAUGUUUUGGAGGAUGUCUGUCAACAGCAAACAGCCAGAAUUUCUCGAGAAGUGUCAAAUAUCCAUGUUGCAAAGCCUCCAGAACCAAAGACCCAAAAUCAUUUUUUGCAGUAUUUCUGCCAACUUAACUUGGAUCCAAACACUGCACACACAAAUCUCAAACUGUCAGAAAACAACAAAAAAGCAUCAUCUUCAUCUAAAGUUCAGAAAUAUCCUGAUCACCCAGAGCGAUUUGAUGGCUUUCAUUACAUCAUGUGUAAAGAGGGUUUGUACGGUCGCUGUUACUGGGAGGUUGAGUGCAGUGGAAAUGACUGUGUUAUAGCAGUUUGUUACAAAGGAAUUAGUCGUAAAGGACAUAGUGAUGACUGUAGAUUUGGCUUCAACAAGAAAUCAUGGAGAUUGUCCCGAUCUCAGCAGAAUUUCUGCUUUGUGCAUAAUAGUAUGCAAGCCUCAGUCACUGCUGUCCCCUCUUCUAGAAUAGGAGUGUAUCUGGAUCACAGAGCAGGAACUCUGUCCUUCUACAGUGUCUCUGACACAAUGACUCUACUACACAGAGUCCAGACCACAUUCACUGAACCCCUCUACCCUGCAUUUGGGGUUGGAGAUCAUUCACUUAUCAACAUAAUAAGGCAUUAGAAAGUUCACAUAAACCAGAAAUAGACUGAUCAAAAAUGUAUGAAAUAAAAAACAAGCUGUUUAAAGGGUAAUUAUUCUCAAAUAAAAAUCAGUGCUGCAUAUUUGGUUUCUGUUAUAUACAGACACUCUUUUGAUUGCAAUUAGUCAUUGGAGACAGAUGUAGCACAAGUGUUUGCUUAAUAUCUUGUUUCUGUUGUUUAGAAAGCAUUAAUUAAUUUACUGUUUAUUUCUAUUUUCUACUUUCAUUAUAUUUUGUAUUUUGACUGAACUUAUUUGUAAUUAAAAUAAUAGCUGUCAGUUUAAAGAAUUAGCGAUUCUGUAAGUUUAACUUCAUCAAAAACAGCAAAACCUAGCUACUGAGAAAUGUCAUAUAGCUUUUCAGCUGCAAAACUAUUUUGUUGAUAAAGUCGCAGAGCAGUGCUUACAAGUUUCAGUGUGCUUGUAUGUUUCUGUGUGUGCAAGUAUGUCUGUCUUUGUGCCUUUCUAUGAGAAAUAGCAGGAGAAAGAUAAUGCUUUUCCUAGAUAAUAAAACAAUUUUAUGGGGAAAACAUGGAAAUAAUUUGUCAUUUUUAUACUAUUUAUCCUAUUACUUGUUAUAUUUAUUUACUUGGUCAGUGUCCUUUUGGGUUUUGGUUCUUUUGCUUUGUAGGUAGCUUGUAUAAUGAAUAAUUUAUUUUCCUUGUUUGUAAGUUUAAAAAUGUAAGAAAAUAAAAAAGAAUAAUCAGUCAUGUAAUCAAAUCAUGAAUAAAACAUUUUUCUAAAUAAUGCAAUUUAAUCAAAUAUUUCAAUGACAUGAAAUACAGCCAAUGUGUAAUGGAUUUACAAACCAACUUGAGAACUACAGUGUGUAUAUCAAUUUGCAUAUUGCCAAUGGGUAGAUGAAUCUGAGAUCUUUACAAAUUCUUUAUCUGAUCUUUACAAGUUACAAUGGAUUAAUUGAUCUUUGGCAUCUUAAUGUGUUCACUUUAGGCAUUUUAUUCCAACUUAUUUACUUAAUAACAAAACACAGCCCCGUUUGAAAAUCCCUGCUUAUGUGUUUCAGUCUUCCUUUUAGUGUUCCCAGUUAAAAUCACCAGCCUACAAAAAUUGCUUGUUGUCACCAUAUUGGAUUCAAUCUUUUUAUUAGCAUGCUUUCUUUCAAUUAGCACAGGUUUUGCAUUUCUUUUUUGGAACUGACUGAUCGUAGGCUUCAUAGAUCUGAAACGAAAAUGCUUUUUUCACUCAAAACUU